AUGAUCCAACUUCCACCGAUGGCAUUCAACGAGCUCAGCCCGCCUUCCCAUCAGGUAUACUCCUCGUCACGUUGGAGCCCAAGCAAUCCCCCACUGCCUUUGAGCUUUACGGAAAUUCCUGUCAAUGGAUCUAUUCCGGAACCCAAGUCCCACUCAAUCUUUCACCAUGUCGCCGAAAUCGAACAACAAAAUAAGUUCAGAGAAGAACAGAUCAUCUCUGCGCCAUUGGAUUACCUGGCGAGCCUUCCCGGCAAGGACAUUCGUGGAAAGCUCAUCUCGGCUUUUAACGAAUGGUUCAAGAUCCCGGAGGAGAAACUAGAAAUCAUAAAGCGGGUUGUUGGGCUGCUCCAUGUAGCUUCACUAUUGAUUGACGACAUUCAAGACUCCUCGAAGCUCCGGCGUGGGCUACCUGUGGCGCACAGCAUUUUCGGCAUUGCGCAAACAAUCAACUCGGCGAACUACGCUUACUUCCGAGCUCAGAGUGAAUUGUUUGCGCUAGGCAAGCCUAAAGCGCUUGAUAUAUUUACAGAGGAACUUUUACGGCUUCAUCGGGGGCAGGGAAUGGAUCUGUAUUGGAGAGACUCGCUCACCUGCCCUACAGAGAAGGAGUAUCUGGAGAUGGUCGCAAACAAGACUGGAGGACUGUUCCGACUUGCCAUCAAGUUGAUUCAACUGGAAAGCGAAAGAACACAGGACUGUGUGCCUCUGGUCGACCUUCUGGGAGUUAUCUUCCAAAUCAGAGACGAUUACCAGAAUCUACAGAGUGACCAAUAUGCCAAAAACAAAGGCUUCGGAGAAGAUAUCACGGAGGGCAAGUUCUCAUAUCCAAUCAUUCAUAGCAUUCGGAACGAGGCCGGCAAUUCACAGUUGAUGAAUAUUCUCAGACAGAAGUCCGAGGACGAGUCUGUGAAGCGCUAUACAAUUCAAAUCAUUGAGUCUACGGGAAGCUUUGAGUACACUCGACAAACCCUGGCUUCUCUCACAGCGAAGGCUAGAGCGAUGUUGUCCAACCUUGGAGUCGAUCAGUCGUCGGGUAUUGCCAGCAUUUUGGAAUUUUUGGAACUCAAACAAUGA